UGGUCAUUCCUUUUACUACUAUAAAUACGACCGAUUAUUUUAUCCCCGAGCUUAUUUCUGAACCGACUUUCACUGGGUCCACGUCUCUUUAAAUUACGCAGCUUGUUCUUGUCGUGCUUGCGGGUGCGCUGCCAGGUAGCAGAAAGCAUCGCGGUUCACCUUCGUAGAACAUUGUGCAACUAAUAAAACACUAAAUUUUGAAUGGUGAUAUCAUUGUUCGUAAGCGUGUGAUCAAUUACGUUACGCCAGUUAAACUUGUAGAUUCCACCGGGAUACUACUGUACAGAACACAUUGAUUAACGUCUAUUAGAGAAUUACUCGUGCAAAACAAAGUGUUUAUAAGAGUUGUGCUUUUUUGUAGUUCGAAGACAAAUCGUAAUCAUGAAGUUAUUCACUUUUGGAGUAGUCAUUGCUUUUUGUGCAGUCUGUGUAUUCGGUGCCGAUGAGCCAGCGAAGGAUAAGGAGGAAGAAGAAGGUCUUCGAAUUUACAAACGACUGAUUCCUGCCGAUGUGCUUCGAGAUUUCCCCGGCAUGUGUUUUGCUUCAACCCGAUGUGCUACUGUUGAACCCGGCAAAUCAUGGGAUCUUGCUCCUUUCUGUGGCCGCUCUACAUGCGUCGUCUCUGACAGCAAUCAAAAUCAAUUGUUGGAAUUAGUCGAGGAUUGCGGGCCACUUCCACUAGCCAAUGAUAAAUGCAAAUUGGACACUGAGAAAACUAACAAAACUGCGCCAUUCCCAUACUGUUGUCCUAAGUUCACCUGUGAGCCAGGGGUCCAGCUUGAAUAUCCGGACACGAAGGCUCCGGAAGAUACUAAAGACGAUAAGCAAAACUGAGCAUCUUAGCCGAACGCGAACAGGAGAACAAACAAAAAAAUAGAACCUCAAUAUUAUUUCUAUGAAUGUACUUUCGAAUAUUGUACAGAAGGGACGUAUACUUGUAAAAUCAUAAGGGUAAUCUGAAGUAACAGAAAAACAAUAUGCAUUAUCGAACAAGAACACGGUAUACCUAUUAGUCAAGUAUGUGAUAUUAGAAAUAUGUAUUUAUCUGAAAGCGUACCACCAUUUAAAACAUAACUUUUCGUUACCAUUUUGAACCCUGAUGUAAAAUUCACAAGUAAUAGUUGAACAAGAAAGUUAUACUCAGUUACCGUAUUUUUCUCAACAUCAAAAUUACUUAAUUUUGUUCUGUCAGUUCAGUUAUGAGCAUUAUUAAAGAAAAUUUUUCCUCUA